AUGCGUCUAAUACCCAUUUUCGGCAUUCUUAUUUUUCGUCCAGACCAAUUGUGCACAGCCCCCACCAAAAUGGAGAAAACUCAGACUCGACGACCUCCUGAAUACUGGCAAGCCUACAGAUGCGUUCUUGCUUUGAGCAACAUCGGUGUUUCACUCCUGGAGCGCCACGCCUACUCGCAAGCGGUCGAGACUUUAAGAGACGCCGUCACCGUUAUGAGAGACUUUUCCUAUCAGUGUUCCUCGCCGGAUUUUCAAAUGGAUACCCGUGCAAUCUGGUAUCAUCAGCGUAACAACGCUGUAAUGGGCAAGGCCAAUCGGCGAAUGGCGCGAGCGAAUCCUGAGCGUGGCGGGUCCUUCGUGGAAACUAUUGGUAGAGAUCGAGUGGUCUCCGUGAGGGUACCGUUCCUGUGGCACCAGCACCCCGGAACCAGUCCUGCGGUUGUCUCCUUACCGUGUUUUCCGAUCCGAGUGGAAGAUUUUGACGAGUGCGAACGAGACUUGGACCUCGAUGCCGCAAUGGUCCUGCACAAUUUUGCCACCGCACAGCUGUGUUUGUCGAGGAUCACGUCUCAGUCUUCUCGUGCACAACGCUGCCGAACGGCAUCGUGCCGAUCGGCCGAGCUGGCGUAUGCUGCACUCGCGGAAACGAUCACGGCAGCGAACAACCAGCGUUGGUGGGGAUCCGAAGGACAUCUCGGUAAAGCUGAAAAUGUGGCCUUGCUCUCGGUCUGCAUACUGAAUACUAUGAUCAGGGCCCAAAUGGAAAGUGGGAAACUUCUGGAAGCAGGAGAAUCCCACGAGAGACUGCGCCUUUUGCAAGUCGCCGUCAAAGAAGUUACAGACACAUGUAGGGAUGCCGAAAACAAAGAUACUGCAGCGGCUGCAUGA